AUGGCGGAGAAGGGUGAUUUCAAGCAUGAGCACAUGGCUGACGAAGCAAACGACAAUGAUACCGUAGAUUUCAGCAAUAAUAUUUCGGCGAGAAUCAAGAAUCCCCUUGCUGGUAUCCGCCAGGAUGUCCUCCUUCGCGAUGUCGAGGAGUUCGCUGCCAUGUACGACCUAUCAGAUAUCACACCUCUGCUCAAGAAAGGCGCCUUGGUUGCGCAGAACCCGGCGGAUUUUGAGAACGUGGAGGGUCUGGACGACACGGAGCGCGAUGUCCUCCGCGAUGAAGUAGUACACAAGUGGCGACAACCACGAGCUCUCUACACGACAGUCAUCUUGUGCUCUGUGGGAGCUGCAGUUCAGGGGUGGGACCAGACUGGUUCCAACGGCGCCAAUCUAUCUUUCCCUGUGGCAUUUGGCAUUGGCGACACGGAUCCGACCAGUCCAAACUACACCCGUGACCUCUGGCUCGUUGGUCUGAUCAACGCGGCGCCCUACAUCGCCUCUGCCUUUAUCGGCUGCUGGCUUUCUGAUCCUCUGAAUAACUACUUUGGCCGCCGUGGAACGAUUUUCUUCUCGGCGAUUUUCUGCCUUUUAUCUGUCAUUGGUUCCGCUUGUACUCAGAACUGGUGGGAGCUAUUCAUCUGUCGAUUACUGCUCGGUAUUGGUAUGGGCUCCAAAGCCUCCACGGUCCCGAUCUAUGCCGCCGAGAACGUACCUGCUCUCAUUAGAGGUGGUCUCGUCAUGUCUUGGCAGAUGUGGACUGCUUUCGGUAUCUUCCUCGGGACUUGUGCGAAUUUGGCUGUCUACAACACCGGAGCUAUAUCGUGGCGUUUGCAGCUCGGAUCUGCAUUCAUUCCUGCAGUCCCACUGGUGAUCGGCAUCUACUUCUGCCCUGAAUCUCCUCGUUGGCUUAUGAAGAAAGGCCGCUACUCACAAGCCUACAAGUCGCUGUUGAGACUACGCAACCAUCCGAUCCAAGCUGCUCGGGACCUCUACUAUGUCCACGCUCAGCUGUUGAUCGAGCACAAGAUCAUUGGUCAGACGAAUUACGCCCAGCGCAUCCUCGAACUCUUCACAAUCCCUCGUGUUCGACGUGCCACCCUAGCUUCUUUCACGGUCAUGAUCGCGCAGCAGAUGUGUGGUAUUAACAUCAUCGCCUUCUACUCUUCUUCUGUCUUCCAGCAAGCCGGCGCCACUGUCCUGCACUCACUGCUAGCUUCCUUCGGAUUUGGUCUGGUCAACUUCGUAUUUGCCUUCCCAGCCGUAUGGACCAUCGAUACCUUUGGUCGACGAGCCCUGCUACUCUUCACCUUCCCAAACAUGGCCUGGACGUUGCUCGCCGCCGGUCUGUGCUUCUUGAUUCCCAAGGACAGUAGUGCACAUCUGGCCUGUGUGGCGCUGUUCAUCUACAUGUUCGCUGCUUUCUACUCGCCCGGAGAAGGCCCAGUCCCCUUUACUUACAGCGCCGAGGUGUUCCCUCUCUCCCAUCGUGAGGUUGGCAUGGCUUGGGCUGUGGCCACCUGCCUAUUCUGGGCCUCUGUGCUGUCCAUCACUUGGCCACGCAUGGUUGCUGCCAUGACGCCGACUGGGGCUUUUGGCUUCUAUUGUGCUCUGAACUUGAUCGCCUUCACGAUGAUUUUCUUCUGGGUCCCCGAGACCAAACAACGCACCCUGGAGGAGCUCGACUACGUCUUUGCGGUGCCGACUGGGAAGCACAUGAAGUACCACAUGACCAAGUCAGCUCCUUUCUUCUUCAAGCGAUACAUCGCCAUGAACAAGAACGCCACUCUUGAGCCGCUCUACCGGUUUGACAAUGUGCAGUCCGAUGCUGUCAGGUCUGCAAGCGUCACGGCGUACAACCAGGAGCACCGCAAGUCUGAGACGACGAAAAAGCUGAACUUGUAG